CUGCUCAAGUACCUGCUAAGCGACAAUCCGUUGGCGAACAAUGCUCGUAAGAUGUUCGUCUUUAAGAUCAUUCCCAUGAUCAACGUCGACGGCGUGAUCCACGGCAGUCACAGAUGCUCGUUGUCAGGUGAAGACUUGAAUCGUCAGUGGAUGGCGCCUAAUAAACUGCUUCAUCCGUCGAUUUACCAUCUGAAAAAUUUGUUAACGUUUUUUCGCUGCAUCGGGAAGAAACCUUUCGUAAUAAAUUUUCUGCAGUCAGCUAUAUAUUUUAACCUGACAUGCUUUGUGCAGGUUUACUGUGACUUUCACGGCCACUCGCGGAAGAAGAAUGUCUUCAUGUACGGAAUUAACCCUAGUCAGUCGUGGUGCAAAAUUGAUCGCGCAGCUCGUCACAACUUUGAAUUUUACGUAAUAUUUCAUUUCUGUUUUUUCUUUUUCUUCAUUCAGUUAACACGUCUACCUGAGAGUCUUUCCGUGCUGUCUCCUGGGUUUUGCUUGAAGUAUUGCUCGUUCGAUAUCAAGAAAAACAAGGAAGGAUCUGGUCGUGUUGCCGCUUGGCGAGACAUUGGAUUACUUCUUUCGUAUACGAUGGAAGCUUCUUUCGUGUUUCAGGGAUAUCAAGUAAGUACUUCGGAUCUAACCGAAAUGGGCGAGAAAUUUAUCGAUGCGUUGGUUGCUACCAAGGAAAGUUGGGACCCUGAAUCUUCGCCGUCUAAAAAAUAUGAAAACGUUGAAGACUAG